AUGGUGGCAGACCGAUGGGCCAACAGCGAUUCUGGGCACAUCUUUUACUGGGCCUGGGCUCGGCCAGAGCUUGGAUCUGAAGCGGCUCAUCAGUUGCAGGGGUUAAUUAGUAUGCUAGAAGACUGGAAUGGCUCAACGGAUGCGGACGUUUGGAAAUGGAAUCAUGAUCCAGAUGGGAAUUUUUCUGUUUCGAAUGUUAAAAAGUUGCUUGGUUCUGUGGAUCGAAACAGGCCUGAAAGAGUAUUUGAAUGGAACAAUUGGGUUCCGAAAAAGGUCGGUAUUGUAGCUUGGCGAGCGGAGAUGGAAAGAUUGCCGACAAAGUGUGCAUUAGCCAGAAGAAACGUCCCGGUUCCAAAUCAACUGUGUGUUUUAUGCGGAGAGUAUGUAGAGACAUCAGAGCAUGUAUUUGUUUCAUGUCAUUUUGCGCAAACGUUAUGGCAAAACGUGGCGGGAUGGUGCAAGAUUCCGCCGGUAAUUGCGUUCGGCAUUGGUGAUUUACUAAAGCUGCAUGAAUCGAGUUCGGGUUCGAGAAAGGUGAGGAAAGUAAUACAUGCUUUAGUUUUGGUGACGUUUUGGAGUAUUUGGAAGACUAGAAACGAAGUGGUUUUUAGACAAGUGAAUGCAAAUACGACAAGGAGUUUGGACGAGAUCAAGUCGGUAACGUAUCUAUGGGUCAAAUCUAGAGCAAAAGUGGCGGCUUUGAGUUGGGAAGAUUGGAGUCGGUUUAGCUUGGGUGUCUUGUGA